AUGGCCUCCAAACAUCCAGUGCCCUCUAGAGCAGCGCUCAAUGCUCUCCGAGGCGUCGUCCUUACCACCUCCUGUUCUGUCAUCUUGCUCGCCGAGGAGCGCCGGCGCCGGCUGCAGCUUGCACGAGCAGCAAUUGAAAAUGCACGAAAGCUUCACAUGGUGCAGAGCAAUCGAGGUCCACUAGCUCUCGCUGAAACCAAUACACCAUGGGAAAGCAGGUUCGCCGAGGUGGAUGGGGAGGUUCUAUCCAUGGCGCCCCUGCCCCGACCGAGGACCUCUACGCGCCGCAGAGGCCGGUCGCAUCUCAUCGGGACUCGGAGCGAGAGUGAAGUGCAUUACGACGAUGACGGACGAACUCAAUCGACGAGCCGAGCCGAUACGAGAAGCAAGGUUUCCAAGUCGCCAGUUGACGUCGAUGUACUUGGCCGCGCAUUCGACAUGGUCAACCUCGAGAACAUGAGGCUAUCACCGCUGAAAUCUCACUGCUAUACUAGUCUAGAUUGGAAGGCUCCUAGAGCAUUCACCCAGUCUGGAGCUUCAAAGGCUCCAUUAUCAUCGACGAGACAAUCAACCCCGGACACCAAGACCAGUCCCUCACAGCCUGCAGAGGAUUCACCGGAAGCUGAAUACGAGUUAAUUUUGGACAGCAAUGAGGGUCUUCAUGUUGAUUCCAUCGGGUCUGCUCGGCUCUAUCUGGAGAAAUCCGGUCCAGAGGGCUUGACUGUUCGACCAUUCUACGAUGAAGCGAUAGUGGUUUUGGAACAACUACUCCAGGACAUGGAACUUACGGGUGCCAAAAAAGCAGAUGUCUCAGAGAGAAUCAAUUUGGCAACCAUGAUAUUCCAAAGGGUGGCAGCAUUCGGUCCGCCAUUGCCGAGAGCUACAAGACCACUUCGGAGUCAAGGUAUUAGGCUCCUCCAACUGGUUUCAACCGCUAGUCCGGACAAGUUGGCAACCACCCUAGCUAUUUUGCUUCCUUUAAGCAAAGAUCCCUUGAAGUUCUUGCAGCCAUUUAUAGAGUGUACACAGCAUGGAAGCAAUCGAAAAGCGGUACGGGAUGCCCUUAGGUUCUUGUCGCAAAAUGCCAGGUCCUGCUCAUGGGCCCGCGGCGUGCUGGUUUGCCGACUUCUCGCUCAACUAGCCAAAACACAAGCCAACUAUGACAAGACGAAAAGAGUUUACCAUGUGCUCCAGGACGCAGGCUUGUAUAAAGAAUUUGGCAUUCCUCAGAGUACAGAAUACAAGAUACGACGGCUGAUGGCCAUUCUGGCCUUGGAACGUGGCGACGACUCACUUGCAAACACAGAACUCGAAUUUUUGGGCAAGUUGGACUCAGAGGCUUGCAGAUCUGAUAUCAGGUUGCAAACGCGACUCAUAACAAGUAAUGCCAAAAUGGGUAAAUGGGCAGAGGUUUGCUCGGAUAUUGAAGCGCUUGGGCAGAUAUCAAACACGCAGUGCAUCGGGUUUCAGCGACUUUUAAUAAGAACCACGGACAUCUUCGACCAAAGUCACAAUGCCUAUGAGCUACAAAUGUUUCUCCGGAAACUUGCCACGGAGUACAAGCUCAGCCUAAAACAUCGUUGGAUAUAUGCUGUAUUGGACUACUACGCAAGUCGUCGACAAGUUGAACCUGUCUUCUCCUGGCUACAAUUUUGCAGCAGCCACGGGUUGCAAAUUGACUCGGCUUUCAAUAAAAGGUUCUUUGCUAGGUGUCGUAAGUUCUGGAGCUUUUCAGACAAGACCAUUCAGAGUUUAGAGGAAAGUCUACGAACAAGAGCGCGGACAGUGCCACAAACUGCUUCAGAAAUGGGUCAGAAUGAGCUCCAGCGGCAAAUGGCAUCGCUGGUCUCCAAUGGGGAGUGGGAGCAAGUUACCGAAAUAUACGAGACCGCCUGUUUUUCUGGCACAGACCACUCGGUACAGUGUUUGCGGCUUGCGGUGUUGGCAUACACCAAGUGCCGGAACCCUGAUAUAGAACGUGCGAGCAACUUGAUCCAGUCUGCCUAUGCAAAAGGCGGCGACAUAAGUGAAGUACUGACUCCCCUAUUGCUGGCAAAAUUGGAACGAGGCGAUGACCCCAGCUCGUUGAUCAAUGGCGCUCUUCGGAUGGGAGUUCGCAUUCAUGAUAGCGCAUACAACAAGGCUGCCCAGGCGCUAUCUGGCCGUGGUGAUCAUCGGGCCGCAGCCGACAUGUGUGAGCUUGCUGCAAGAGAGAAUGGGAAUGGCGAGCUUUUGUACAACGAGUACAACUUUGCGAAUCUUGUGUUUGCCUACACCGGGUCUGCGAACUACCGGGCUUUGCAGUCAUUGCUUUCUGAAUUCACAUCGGAUGUGCAAUGGUGGCAUGGUAGCCGAACAUGCAAGGAAACAAUCAAGCUGGCCAUGAAGACGGCGGCGAUGAGGAGUGUCGCGCAUUCGCAAAACAGCGCACCACACCGACAGGCUCUCGACGAGCUAGACGAGGCGCUCAUUCACGUCAAAAAGUGUCGUUCUACUAAGGACGAUCGACGGGCUGUCUCGGAGGCUUACGUUCGUUUAGCGGCGAUGCCAUCAUCCAAGAUUCACUCAAAGUCGAAUGGCAGAUUUAGCAACAAAGCUAGUAAGCUACGUCGGGAGCGGGAAGUUGCACAGAUCGCCGAACCUGUGCUUGGAGUGGCAUCUAGCUCAGGCUAA